GAAGAAUGAAGACGACGGAUUUGAGAUUAACGAAUGCGAAUUUUUAAUACAUGGAUAAGUUAUAGCUAUGCCCGCGUUGAAAUUAAUGAAUAUGAUGAGAAUAUUCGCAAUCUCAUUUGUCUGCUUUUCUAUUGAAUUUGCCUAGCAAGUGUGAAGAUGUCUCAUACUUACAUUGCAAGCUGCACAAACAGCAGUAAAGAUGAUGACACACUCAUUAUCAUCGUCAACUCUGACGGCACACUUUCAGUUGAUCCUGAGACACUACAGAAACUUUUAGCAAACCAGCAUCACAACUCUCCGAUCAGUCUGGUGCGGUUGGAUGCCAAAGGUGACGGGAGUGGUGGUGGUGACGGAGCUGGUGAUGAAGACGAUGACCCUGACUCUAGAGUGAACCUGACUGUGGAGGGUUACUACCCUCCCACCCCUGCCCCCUCGUCACCUACGCCUCCUCCUACGCCAGUCGCUGACACCGGCAUCUCUAAUGAUGGGGGAAGUCAGGAAAUGCUGGCUGACUCUAUCACAGAGAUACUUCAACCAGAAGAUGUUGAGAAACUGGAGACAGCUCUUCAGUCAGAACAUGCCAAAGAAAUCCUCGGGGAUGUUGUUUUGGACAUGUUGCAAAAGAACGGAGAAGAUAACAUGGGAGGUUCGGGAGAUAUGGGGCCCCUGUCUCAAGGCUCCGUGGUAUUGGACCAUUGUUAUGCCUCGCUAACAGGUCCAGCCCCGCCCCCCGUCACUACCCCUGUCAGAGGAGCCAUCAGGGGAAGAGGUCGUCCCAGAGGGCAGCCUCAAAGCAAGAUGAUGCAGUCAAUGAUCCCGGUUGUUGAACCGCUUGUUAUUCCUGGCGACACGGUGGGUUCUGUAUCGUCUAACAACAAUACCAAGGGACAAACUGUUACGAUACAAGGAGUUAACCUUCAAAACGUUCCCCAGAACAUGGUUGCCUGUACUGUGAUGCUUACCAAGGUUCCAACGCAAAACAAGACCUUCAACGUCAGCUCCAUGGCUCAGGAUACUGCUGGAGUUACGACUGUCAAAACAGUUUCACCAGCUGACUUGGUUGGAUCUGCAAAGAAGAAGGGCCCAGGUCGAGGACGAGGAGUGACGACAAGAGGAGGUCGAGGGGCGGCAGGACGAGGCCGAGGAGCUGGUAAAGUGAUUCAGACCGAGGAAGCUAAGCAGAAGCAGCUAGCAGAUGAGAUGGCAGCCACUGUACAUGCUCUGUCUCUAGCUGAAGCAGAACAGUUCGCAAACAUUGAAUCGAUGGAUCAAAGCAGCGUAGACUCUGACCGAGUGAUUCCUCUCGUCAACAAAGUGCCUGCCAAGAAACCUGUCAAGGUGUACCGACGGGCCAUCGACAUCUCUGCCACCACCCCGGGACCCAAGACCCUCAAGGUGCUCAAACCGGAGAAACAUCCGACACCUCAGCCCAGGCCAAGGAAAAAAUCUACCUCUGUCGAGUCUUCUAGUCAUGAUGAUAAGCCUGCAGCAGACAAGGUGAAGAGAGAGGAGAAGGUGAUUGUAGUGUCUCUGGAGCCUCAGAUCACCCCGGCCGUGGUGACUGCAGUGGUGAUGUCUCAGAAUGUAUCCACUACUAGUGUCACUCCCGCGACCCUUACACCUGUGACCACCCCUAUGGCUGGCAGCAAGAAGUACCCCAAGAGAGAGAACCGCAAACCACCUGCACACUUGGCUGAGGCGUUUGGACCGGCUUUGUUCUCCACUCCAGACAUCAUCAGAAGGGUGUCAGAAAAGAGUGGUACUACUACACCGGUGACACCUGCUGCCCCUGCUGCCAGUCCUACAGCAGUACCAGUCAUACCGGUACCAUCCCCUCCUGCUGCCACAUCUAUAGCCAGCACUGCUAAAUUGGAAGAUGAGCUAGGACUUACGGAGCCUGAAAUACUGGAAACCAUCAGCUCCCAGGUGACCAAGCAAGACGAUCAGCUGUUGGAAGAAGCAUUGUUGUUAGAGGAACUCAGCACAUUGCCUACAGACGACAUUUUACAGGAUGAUAUCAAUGACCCACUGCCUCCUCAGCCAACAGAAAUUACAACACCGACCACCCCACCAACCAUUAAAAAGGCACAGAAAAACCUCUCGCAAACUUCCCUAUCAGCGUUUUUCCCUAAAGUAAAUCAAAAGGAUGAGACUGUGACCGUACAAAGUCCGACCGCAGUCCUCUCGCCUGGGGGUCGUAAAUUACCUCCGGUCGAGUUACCGGCUACUCGUGGCGCCACUAAGCGAGCCAGCCAAAAGAAAGAUCAACCACAGGAAUCGCCAAGCGUGAAGACAGAAGUCAAUAAAAAAGUACCAAGUAGUGUGGAGAAGGAGAAAAGAAAAUCAACUGAUUCCAGGAAAUCCAUAGAUUCAAAGAAGUCUGCGGGAAGGGAUGACGCUGAUUCUCUAGUCAGUGAUGAGGUUAGCGACGAAGACGACAGCCACAACUCAGAAGAUGAUCCCAACAGACUUUGGUGUAUUUGCAGGAAGCCUCAUAACAAUAGGUUUAUGAUUUGCUGUGAUUUCUGUGAAGAUUGGUUUCAUGGCAAGUGUGUCGGUAUUACUAAAGCAAUGGGUGAACAAAUGGAAGAGAAUGAAACUGAGUGGAUGUGUCCUAACUGUAAGAAGAAAAAGAAGCUAGAGGAAGCGGCAGCGAAAAAACAAGUAGAGGUGACCAAAACUACACCUACUGUUGGGAACAUGAACAAGAAAACGUCACCGACCGUCGCUCCAGUGACUCCAGCGGUGGUAGAAACUCCUCCUGCUCCUGCAAAGAAACCAGAAGCCAAUAAGGUGAUAGUUCAACAGCAGAGGUUGGUGGUGUUAGGACAAGAGACUCCCAAGGCGAACACCAAAGGAACGGAGAUACGUAUCACCAAGGUGUCCAGCCGCAAGUCUAUGGAUGAUAGGAAACCAGCAGAAGAGACUGUGUCAGAAACAGCGGCUACGGAACAUCAUCCACCUGAGACGGGCCCUGCUGGGGAGUGUAUAGUGUGCAAGAAGGAGUCGUUUCCUGGAGGUGUGUACUGCAGUGACGAGUGUAUUGCCAAACAUGCUUCAGAAUCCCUCUCAGUGUUGGACAAGAGCUCUGUCAUUGUGUUUGAGAAAAAGACUGGCCGCAUCUUUGCAGGACCCAAUGGUCCGACACCCAGCACACUGACCAGCUGGCUGAUGGCUCAUCCGUCUUACGAGGUGAUGAGACCUGGAGUGUUACCCUCCGCUAAGUACUACAACCAGCCCCGUUCCACUCCCCCUGUCAAACAGCCUCGUCCAGCUCUCAAACAGACGGUGCUGCUGGGGCAGAACAGGCCGCAGGGUAUACAGCUCAUAGCAGCUUUGCCACAACUACCCCCUGUUGAAGGACCAAUGAAAAAGAAUCUGCACAAAUCAGAACCACCGUCCCCGACUGUGACGCCUAAAGCGAAACAGCAGCCUUCAAAGGGACAGCAGCCUGUGGCAAAGGGACAGCAGCAAAUCACAACGUUGUUGAAAGUGCAACAAUCGAAACAAGAUGCAACAGAAACAGCGAACAAAACGACGCCAGCAAAGUCGCAAGUGACACCGACAGUGAAGAAGCAACCUGCGAAGGAACAACCUAAGAAGGUAACACCGCAGCCACCAGUGAAGAAGACGACUCCCACCGUUGUCAAAAAGACACUCAAAGAAGACGAGAGGAGGGAUGACGUACGGGGCAGAGAACAAGAAGAGAUGAAUGUCAGAGCCAGUGUGAGGAAGACUCUUCAGGACAUAUUGACCUCUAGACUGCAAGAGGUUGAUGACCUCAAGCUCAGCGAAGACCAUAUUAGGAAAAUCACCACACAGAUUGAAGAAGAAUUACAUGCUCUCUUUAAAGACACAAACGCCAAAUACAAGUCAAAAUAUCGCAGCUUGAUGUUCAAUAUGAAAGAUAAAGCAAAUAUGACCCUGUUCCGGAAGAUUGCUGACAAGUCAAUCAGUCCCGAGCAGCUGGUGAGACUGAGUCCAGAGGAACUAGCCUCUCAAGAGUUGGCUCAGUGGCGAGAGAGAGAAGCAAGACAUCAGUUGGAGAUGAUCAAGAAAACGGAGCUGGAUCUGAUGCAGCAAGCCAAGACAGUGGUGAUGAAAACACACAAGGGAGAUAUUGUGGUGGAGAACGAUGACGGUCUCGGAGCAAAGAUACUGGAGACAAGUGUCGAAAUAGAACCAGUGACAGUCACGACUCCCUCGACCCCGACAGUGGAGCCUGUCGUCAAACCCAAGGAGGACUUGGCAAAGGACAAAGAAGGAAAACACAAGAAGGACAAGGAGAGGAAAGAAGAAAAACAUAAAGAGCGAAGGCAUAGUAGUCAUGGUAAAGAAAAAAGCCACAAAGACCACCACAAGAGCAGAAGCAGGCACAGGAGUAGACAUAGGAGUGAGAGUGAACAAAAGAGUAGAAGCAAGAGUCCUGAGGAAAAGAAGAGUAAAGAAAAGGUUGGAACUAAGCAGGAAGAGAUCAAGAGUAGCGAUAGAAAAAGUAGAAGUAGACACCAGCACCAUGAAAGGGAAAGGAGCAAGAGUAGGCCCAGGGAAAGGAGUAAGAGCCGUUCACAAGAGAGGAGCAAGAGUAAGCCGAGGGAACAAAGUAAGAGUAGUCCACGGGAGAGAAGUAAAAGUAGACCAAGAGAUAGAAGUAAGAGUGGGUUGAGAGAGAGAAGUAAGAGUAGGCAUAGGGAACGAAGCAAGAGUAGGCCUAGGGAACGAAGUAAGAGCAGGCAUAGAGAACGAAGUAAGAGUCGACUACGAAAAAUGAGUCAAGAUCCUGAUGAAAAUAAAAAGUCAACAGUCGAAGUAAAGAAAGAUGAGUUUGUAAGUGAGGAAAAAGUUAUUGAAGAGGUAAAGACGUCAGUUCAGUCUUCUAUCAUAGAUGCUGAAAUCAAAGACAUAAUUCACGAUGUGGUUGUUGAGGAAGAAACCGGUCCCGUUGAAGAAGAUCUUUCUGAUCGAGAACCUAGUUCUACCGUAAAUAUAAGCACACCACCAUUUAACACUUUUGAUGAAGUAGGACCUGAAAAACCUCCAAUAUGGCAAGGAACACUAAUAAUGCCAGAUGUUGCCAAAUUUUCUUGUUCGAUUCUCGAAGUAUCUGGUAUUUGUGAGGAUUUGCCAUACGAUCUGCCAGAUAACAUCGAUUGUGUUGGUAGAAUCAGUCCUGAAACAGCUUGGGAUUAUAUAGCGAAGAUGAAAAAAUCUGGAACAAAGCAGAUUUUAGUUGUUAGAUUCGCUGCUGACAAUGAAGAAGACAAAAUGUCAUAUUUGAGUUUUUAUUCGUACUUGAGUAGCCGGAAUCGCUUGGGAGUGGUUGGCAACAAUUCAAAGAUGAUUAAAGAUUUUUACAUCCUACCUUUGCCAAGUCAUAGUCCAGUGCCACAGGUGUUGUUGCCUCUGGACGGACCGGGAUUUGAAGAUUACAGACCUCAUCUAUUGCUGGGUAUCAUCGUAAGGUCUAGAAGGAAAAGGCUGAUGACGGACAAAGAUAUUCCAUUCGUCCCGAAGGUUGCAAAGAAGUCAGAGAGAAGCUACACUCCACCGCUUCCUGAGGAUGGAGGACACACUCCACCUACCACACACCAACAUCCUGAGACUGAAUCUUUCACUCCUCCACACUCACCUAAGCCAUUGAGGAUCAUCAAACUCAAACCAAACAAAAGCAAAACCGUGGAGAGUCCAACAGUGAGUGAGGACUUCAUGCUGGAGGACGACACGCCGUACACUCCAGAGGAUGAGGAGCCAGACGACGCUGACGCUCCGUACAGUCCUGGCGAGGGAGAGGACAAGCCUCUGUCGCCCGGGUGUAGUGAGGAGCUGCAGCGCAAGGUAGACAAGCUCAACCGCAUGAUCAACGACAUCGAGGAGCGCAAGCAGAAGAUAGACAGUGGCAUCAUGUCACCACCACAGGAGAUAAUCAUGGCUGUUGGUAAUGAUGAGGAGGAGGAGGAAAUAGAGGAGGCGUACAGUCCUUCAGGUUCAAUCACUCCUCCGCCUCCGGACUCCUCGUACCUGGACAAGAGCAAGAUAUCCCUGCCCUCCGAUCUACAGGAGAUCAUUGCAAGUCUGAAGAAGAAACCGGACGAGCCUAAGAGCAUGGACCUCCAGUCAGAUCCAAUUGUCCAAGCUUAUAGAUCUGCAGAUGAGCCGUACUCUCCAGAAGAUGAGAAACCAGAACUGGAGCCAGAAGUUAGUGAGAAGAUAGCUUCCCCAGCAUCUGAGGAGAGUUUCUCAACUCAGUCCUCGGCCCUGAGUGUUGCUGCGUCAGUGAAGGUCAACAGAGACCCGAGGCAGCGACCCCAGUUGUCCCUCAGUCAGCUCUCCGACGAAGAAAUCAUGAAGAAAGCUUCGGAGAUGGGAUUUAUGAAUCCGGAAAAUCCAGAACCCAUCCCAGAUGUUUUGAAAUCAAGAGUGGAACACCCGAGUGCUAUUGAUGAGCUUCCUCACAUGCACCAGCCCCCACCCCCACCUGUGUACUUAAACCAGCCUUUCACUUCUAGUCAACCUACGUUCACUCCAGAGUUCCCACCACCUCACCAUUCCACACACCUACCUCCUCCUAACUUCCCUCCACCCCAUAUGUUCCACUCUGCGCCACCACCACUUCCCCCUCUACCUCCCCCUCACAUACCUUUUACAAAUCCCCAGCCUCCCCCUCAACCCAUGUAUCCUCCACCACCCCAGCAACCGGCCCCUCUACCUCCACCACCUCCGGAAUCUCCUGAUAUGAGCAUCUCAAAAAAGAAGUUUUCUUCUUCAAAGAAGAAGAAAAAGUCUAAAGAGGAGAGCAGCCGUAGGGAGAGCCGUAAAGAGAAAAAGGAAAAAAGGAGAUAUUCUGAAUCUCCACCACCAAAAGAUUACGAUGAACGUGAAAAAAUCCGUGAACGAGAUCGGUAUUCCUCAAAGAAGAGAGAAAAGAGGGACACCUCCCCACGGCGGGGGGGUACUUGGAGACCUUACAAGAAAUCUCCUCCGCCCGAGAAAAGAAGAGAUUCUUGGGAAUACGAGCCACCUUCAGUAGGCCUACCAUUCAACGAACCACCUCCUCCAAAGAUCAUGGCUGGGCCUUCCAAUCACCAGUUUGUUCCAAGAGCAGGUCAAAUGAGAGGGAGGUUUCAGAGAGGGAUGAGGGGGGGAUUCAGAAGAGGGUUUGAUAGAGGAAAUCGAGGAGGUUUCCACCGAGGGGGAUUUCAUCAAAGAGGACAUCACAUGGGCGUAACUACAGGUCCUCCGGGUCCUCCAAGAAACUUUACUCCAAAAAAUAUCCAGAUCGAGUACGAAGAAGACAUCAGGAGGUUUGAAGAACAGCGAAAACAGAAGACUCUAGAAAGGCGGCAAUGGAGAAAUGAAUCCCCACCACCGAAGAAGAGAAGAGGCAAAGAAAGUGACAGUGAUUAGAUUUAGUUUAAUUACAAUGUGAGUGAUAAUAGUACAAAGUCUGAUUUCAUUCAUUAAAAGCCUGCAGUUUCGGAAAUGUCUUUGUUACGGGUCUUAAAAUACAAGUAAACUAGUUUUAUAGUUGUUAGUACUUUCUCUAGCUCCGGCCCAUUUAAAAAUCACUCAAAAUUUGCUAUCAUGCCAAAGUUUGCUAUGCGAUUUAGUGUAGUAAAAGAGAAGACAACAAUUUGUACGCUUUUUGUUAGCUUUUUCCAGUAUUUUCUAUUUUGUGAUUUAGAAAUCUUUUAUUCGUCUAACCAAACAAUUUAAGUGUUCAUGCUAGUUAAACGAUAACAUUUUAAUUUUAAAAUUAUCCAUUCUUUGUUUCUCAUAAGAGUAAUUAAAUUAUUUUCUGUGUUAGGCGAGUUAUUUUAGAGUAUUAUUGAUUAGUUAUUAUGCUUUAACAGACUUAUCUCUCUUCUCCUUACAAUUUAGUUUAAGGGCUGUUAAUUGUAUUAUAUGUAACACAUUCUUUAAAAUAAUUGAUCUCUAUGUAUUAAUUUUAAUUACUCAACGUAGUGGAAUCAAGCUGUAACAUGUUUACUGUUAAAACUGAAAAUUAGGAUUAAUCGUUGUACAAAUUUAUUAGUUUAAUUUUUUAUUUUGUAUAGUGACUUUUGUUUAAUUUAAUUUCUGAUUAUGGAUUAAAUUAUUGUGAGUAGUGUAAUUUUACUUUUGGGACCAAAACUUCCUAGCAAACAAUGCAUUCAAAAAGUUUGAAAAUGGGGUUUGUCUAUAUUAUUUACGUUACCGAGUUCAUAGUUAAAAUAGUGCAAAUAAAACCAUAUGUACUGUUUUGAUUGCUUUAUUAUUUAAAUAUUGAAAACCAAUCAACUGCAUGCAUUAAACUCCUGUAAAUUUAUAUCAUUGCUAUAAAGCCUCUAAAUUGAAUUUUUGGUUACUACCAAUUACCAAAGUUUUUUUCCGGUUGAGAUGAUUUUUAUAUCAGGCUUGAUUUCAAUUUUAAUUCCAACAUUGGUAAUGACCGUUCAUUUAUAAUGUGUUCAUUUGUAAAUAGUUUGUAAAUAUUCAAAGUGUAUUAUAUAUUAGUUUUAUAUGCUCUAAAAGAGUGUAUAAGUGGAUAAUGUUUAGUUUAAUGGUGGAAAGAUCUGUGUUAAAUUUUCCACAGCAUGUUGUAUGUUUCCGAGGGUGUUUUUAAAAGGUAGAAAACUGGCUUGUCAAGUAGCAAUAAAUUCAAUGUGGGGGAAUAUUCUUGGUAAAAUUGCAGGUUUUCUAUCUUUUUAAAAUUUUUGAGUUGUGCAACAAACUGUAUAUUGAACUGUGAUUGCCAUAUUACCAUGUUGUUGAAAUUAAAUCUUUUUUUUUACUUUUUUUGCAUUUUAGACAUUGUAAAAAUUUGUAACUAAUGAAAACCACAGUUUAUUGUAAAUAUAAGCUCACUUUAUGCAAUUAGAAAGUAUUAAAGAAUGA